AUGUCAUUUCUGCUCAUCACUCUCACUCCGGCAUCAGUGCUGAAGUUCACACCCACUCUAGAGCUGUCGUCAUCACCUACACCAAUCCUACACGAGCAUUUUUUCCCGGCCACUACUCCAAGUCUCAAAAGCUCCAGCAUUACCGGAAUUGACGAUGAUGACGAGGAGGAGCUCGAGGUGGUGGCUAAGGCUACAAGCACCGACGACAAUGAAGCCACCAAUGACGAUGGCGAAACUGCCAACAAGGACAGCAGUAGCAGUAGCUCUUUCUCGGCACACCUCUCUGCCUCCCUUCGACAGCUCACACACGCUACACACGACUUCACUUGCUCAAUCCACUCUCGAAUGGUCACCUACGCUCGUACGCCUGUUGCUGCUGCCGUCCUCCUCUCUGCUCUCUCUGCAAACACUCCCUCUACAGACGGCCCUCUCUACUCUCUAUUUGCGAGUGAAAUGAAGGGGAAAGGACCAGAUCAAGCAAAUCUCGCUGGAUGCCAUGGGAAGAAACAAGAAGAAGCACUUCGUCAUUUCUAUAAGGUCAAGCUCCAAAAAAAUUCUACUAUGGAGAAGGAGCUUAAGCCAACUCAAUUCAUUGUGGAUACAGCCAAAACUUCUUCCGAAAUUAAAUUGAAGAAGCAUGAUAAGAUCAAGAGAUUGCCGGGACAACCUUUCGUUGACUUUUCUCAAUACGGUGGCUAUGUUGUAGUUGAUAAGAUAGCUGGUCGCGCGCUGUAUUAUUAUUUUGUUGAAGCCCAGCACUCUAAGCAUUCUUUGCCGCUUCUUCUUUGGCUUAAUGGCGGCCCUGGCUGUUCUUCAUUAAUGGGAGCAAUGCAAGAGCUUGGGCCAUUUCGAGUCCACAGUGAUGGCAAUACACUUUACAGAAAUAAAUUUACUUGGAAUAAAGCUGCAAAUAUCUUGUUCUUGGAGACCCCAGCUGGAGUCGGUUUUUCCUAUUCUAAUGUUUCAUCAGAUUAUACGAAGGGCGGAGACAAAAGAACAGCUAAAGAUAAUUAUAUAUUUUUAUUGAACUGGUUAGAGAGAUUUCCUGAAUAUAAGAAUAAGGAAUUCUUCAUUUCUGGUGAGAGUUAUGCGGGUCAUUACGUACCACAAUUGGCACAUGCAAUCCUCCAGCAUAACAAGAAGGCUAAGAAGACCAUUAUUAACCUUAAAGGAAUCAUCAUUGGAAACGCAGUGAUCAACGAUGAAACGGAUCAAAGAGGGAUGUUUGAUUAUUACCAUGACCAUGGUCUCAUCUCAGACGAGACUAUUUAUGAAAUCCACAGGCAUUGUAAUUUCUCAGCAAUUACGACCGAGUCCGAGGAGUGUGAAGUGGCACUUGAAGAAGUCAAUAAGGAUCUCUACUACAUUGAGACGUCCAACAUUUAUAGUCCAUUAUGCCAUUCUUCCAAUCUCACAGCCAAGCCCAAGAGGACUUCCACAAUGGAGUUUGAUCCAUGCAGUGACUAUUAUGUGCAUGCGUAUCUAAACAAACCUGAUGUUCAAAAAGCCCUCCAUGCCAAUGUCACCAAAAUCAAAUAUGAUUGGGAAACUUGCAGUAAUGUGUUGCAAGUUUGGGAAGACAGCCCAUCAACAAUUAUUCCCCUUCUUCAAGAAUUCAUGGAAAAUAGAGUUCGAGUAUGGGUGUAUAGUGGUGACGUAGAUGCGAAUGUACCAUUUACUUCGACAAAGUACUCUAUUAAUGCAAUGAAAUUGCGUAUAAAGAAGCCAUGGUAUCCAUGGUACCUUGAUGGAGAGGUUGGUGGAUAUGCAGUGGUGUACGAGAACUUAACAUUUGCUACAGUCAGAGGAGCAGGACAUGAAGUGCCAAGCUACCAGCCUAAACGAGCCCUCUCAUUGAUUAUGCACUUCCUCAAUGGCACAUCUCUCCCCGAAACUUUAAGAUAUGACUAA